GCCUGCGCACGCAUUGCCCUCGCUUUCCGCUCCGUCGCUGCGUCUGACCGUGAACUUUGGUUCCUGCCCCCUGGCGGUCGGUCCUGGCUCUGGAGGGACCCUGUGACCUGUCGCCCUGCGCGCGUGCACACCGCGGUAUAGCCCGGCGCGCGCAUUUCGUGGAAGGAGCGAGGGGCUGCAGCGUCUCCCUGAGGCCGAGGGAGCGAGGAACCACCACCCGGGCCCUCCUUCCCCUGCUCGGCGGGCGCUGGCUGCAGCUAGCAGCUCUCCACCAUGCCCGGGGGCGUACCCUGNUCCGCCUACUUGAAAAUGCUCUCCUCCAGCCUCCUGGCCAUGUGUGCGGGAGCCCAGGCUGUGCACUGGUACUACCGGCCUGACCUGACAAUACCUGAAAUUCCACCAAAGCCUGGAGAACUCAAAACGGAGCUUUUGGGACUGAAAGAGAGACACCAUGAACCUCAUGUUUCACAGCAGUAGAAACUUCAAAAUACAGCUGUGCCAAGAAUUCUGUGAAUAAUGUUUUAAAUAUGUAUUUUAAAAUUUAUUAAGUAAAACUGCUUCUUAAAACA